UCGCUGUUUGAACAGUGAAACAAGCGUGGCACGUGACAUAUCACACUGAAUUAUAGAGUAAUUUGGAACGAUUCUCAAUCAAGCGAGAGAGUCUCAGUCACUGUGUCGGUCUGUACGGUCUUGCUCGUGCAGUGUGCUCCAAAGAGUGUUUCCGUUUUCCUUCGUCGCUUCUCUAGGAUCGGAUUCUGUUCCGACAGAGGGGACACAGCCAAGAUGUUUCGCGGUCUGCUGGAUUUUAUUACAAACGAUAACAAAGUAGACGAGAAACUCGGCAUGACUGAAAAGCAAAAGAAGAUAGUGCAGAACACAUGGGCGACCGUUCGCAAAGACCCGGUGUCGUCCGGAAUUGCCAUCAUGCACGCCCUUUUCACGGAACAUCCGGAAUAUCAAAAUCAAUUUAAAGCAUUCAAGGACAUGCCUUUCGACGAACUGGCGAAAAAUAAAAAAUUCCAAGCGCACUGUGCCAAUAUCGUGUCCGCGAUAAGCGGCGCGAUUGAUCAGUUGCACGAUCCGACAUUGAUGGAGGCUACCUUGCUCAGUUUGGCCGAGAGACACAAAAACCGCGGGCAAAAGCUCGAACAUUUUCAGAACUUGAAACAAGUGAUGAUAAAUCUUUUGCCCACCGUAUUUGGGAAACAAUACACGCCGGAGGCGCAGGAGGCUUGGAAAAAAAUAUUGGACUUGAUGUUUUCAACUUUCGGUCAGGUGUACAACGAUUAAGACGCACAGAUUUCAACUUACUGAAUCCACGCACAAAGAUGUGAUGUGCACACACUUACAUAUAAUAUACAUAUAUGUGUAACGCUAAGGUGGUUUUUAUUUUUAACUUUUGAAUUUUUUUCGCGGCAUUCUUUAGAAUGAGUGCCGCAAAAAAAUUCCGAAAAAAUCCCAAUUGCUAUAAAAACAUAAUCUGAAAAAGUUCAGCCCGAGAUCGGAUAAGGGCUCCUAGGCCUGUAAACGUUGAAAAAAAUUAUUAAAUUAUAAAAUUAAAAAGUAAUUAAAUAAUAUUUUUUGAAUGUUAAGAACCCAAAGGCUUCUUAUCCGAUUGGACUGAAUUUUUUCAAGCGAGAAAUACGAUAUUUUAAUGUUACUUCUAAGUAAUUUAUACAAUUGACUUUUAUAAGAAAGCUAUAUGUGAUUAAACGAAGAUUGUACAAAAUGUGCACAAAAGAAACGUUUGUAAAUAAUAUAUAAAUAUAUAUUAUACUUGUUGUUUAAAUA